AUGAUCGCCACCGGCGGCCUGCUGAGGAUUUCCGCCAGGAAGCAGGACCCCCUCCGCCCGCCCAGCCAGGUGCCCAAGCGCAAGCGGAAAGUGCAGAAGAGGCGCAAGAACGACGUGGUGGUGGUGAAGGGCAAGCUGAAGCUGUGCUCCCUCUCGGGGCUCAUCGCCCUCUGCGGGAUCCUGGUGCUGCUGGUGGGCAUCGCCAUGGCCGUGGUGGGUUACUGGCCCAAGGCCAGCGGGGCCAGUCGGGAGGGGGGCAAGCAGCUGCCGCCCGCCAGCAGCGGCCACCGCGUCCCCACCACGGCCAAUAGCAGCAGCGGCGGCGGCGGCAGAAGCCGGUCCCAGGGCCCCCGGGGGCCGGUGAGGGGCGUCAACGCCAGUUCCGCGGGCGCGCCCGGGAGCCCGCCUCCCCUGCGUGCCGCCGCCCCUUCUCCGCCCUCCUCCACGUCGGUGGGGUUCUUUUUCCGCAUCUUCUCCGGCUACCUGAACUCGGACAAGCUCAAGGUCUUCGGGCCCCUCAUCAUGGGCAUCGGCAUCUUCCUCUUCAUCUGCGCCAACGCGGUGCUGCACGAGAACCGCGACAAGAAGACCAAAAUCAUCAACCUGCGGGACCUCUACUCCACGGUCAUCGACGUGCACAGCCUGCGCGCCAAAGACCUGGCCGCCGCCGCCGCCUCGGCGCCCCCCGGGGCCGCCCCCCUCAAUGGUUUCCUCAGCUACGUGCAGGCGCGGGGCCUGGAGCGGAAGCCCGGGAGCUGCGGCGGCGCCGGGGACGCCUUCGGGGCGGCGGCGAUGCUGGCCAGGGGCUCGUGGCCGCACCCCGCAGCGCUCAGCGGGGGCCGCCGGGCCGGGGACCCCGCGUCCCCGCCAGACCCGGCCUCGGCCUCCCGCUGCCCGCGGGAGCCCCCGAGCCUGGCGGAGGCGGUGUACAGCAUCUACCGCGAGCGCUCGGGUGUGGCUGGCCGUCGCCGGGCCGCCGCCGCCGCCGUGGCCGCCGCCGCCACCGCCACCGCGGCCGCCAGCAGCAGCAGCACCCCCGGCCCCUGCAGCCCACGCGGGAGCUGGGGGCGCCAGAGCACGGCCAGCUCCCUGCUGGACUCCUCGCUGAGCGCCUUCGCGCUGCUGCCCUUGCAAGGGGACCGCGACGGGGACGGGGACGGGGACGCCGAGGGCGCGAGCUGCAGCUGGCAGAGAGCCCCUGGGGAGCGCGGCUCCGGGGAGAUCCCGCGGGGUGAACUUGACCUGAGCUUGACCGACCUCCGCGGCGACCCGGGUGGCGCGCGCUGGGCGCCCAGGCAGCGGCAGGAGCCCGGGGCGCAGGGCGGUCAGCUGCCCAGGACCGGCAGGCACGCGGCCCCGCGGCGCUGCAGCACGAGCGGGCUCCCGGACCGCGGGGCGCCUCUGUCCCCGGAGCCCCCGCCCUCCCCGCGCGGCGUGGACCUGGACUCCCACCUUCUGGCCAAAGCUGCCGCCCCUUCGCCCCCCUCGGAACUGGAGGACUCGCCCCCCGCCAGGCUGGGCUCGCCCAGCUCCCAGUCGGAGGACCUCUCCUGCAGCCAUCAAGGCUACACUCCCCUGCGGGAGGCCGGCACCUCCUUGGAGUCCUUUGUGGACGCUGGAGCCAGUAAAAGUCCAGACUGUGAGGCCACCGCCGCCCCGGGCGCGGAGGAGCAGAGCCCUCCAGAGACCGUCCCGGAUGACGCCAGCCCAGGGCCGCCCAGGGACCAGCCACCCCUGGCAGCGCAGAGGCAGUUUACCAACCAGGAGAAACUCUUCAUGGUUUCCCGGUCUCACUCCGCGGGGGUAGAGGUGGGAGGACUGGAAAGUACUGGCGAUUAGGGAAAGAGGGAGCCGGGGAAGGAGUGAGAAGAUAGGCUCACCCCCUUUCCUUGUGGACCUAUCGGAGGAAAUCUCCCAAAGAGCUGCAGAAUGUCAUCCUUGAAUGGUGUUCACAAGAUUCCCUAGAUAACUCCAAGCAAUUUUUUUUUAAAAAAAGCAAACUAGUCUUCUAUGGCCGAUGGUGAUUGUAUGUUCCAUGAAAACCAAAUGUAUUAAAAGGUCAGCAAUCUAGUUCAUUAGAUAAAAUGCUCUUAAUUUUCUUAGGAUCAAAAUAAUAUAUUUUUUACAGUAACUGUGCACUUUAACUUCUUUUUUGAACCCCUGAUUCCCCUAACCCUGUAUUCUGCUGCUGGCGUUGUCCAUAGCUGCUUGUGAAUGACAAGCUUUUUUUCUCCUGCGCUUUUGCGGAUCAUAGGAGGGUUUGAUUCAGUUCUCUGGGAACGGACAUGACUAGAUGAAGUCAAAGCCAAAAGCAUGAGUAUGUCAGGAAAGAGCACUUUCCUUACCCCACCCCACUCUGCUCACCCAACUGCCCAAAGGCCUCUCUAUUUUUUAAAAGGAUAUUUACAUUUUGCUACUAGGGUUGCUAAUGGAGAGGGAGGGGGCCAGCAUCUAGUUGGACUGUUACAUUCCUAAAUUCGCUAUAUCAAGUAGUACACGAUACUUUAUUGAGUACCAUCACACCUGUAUUGAAAAUAGCAUUACUAUUAAAAAAUCUUUUUUA